CGCGAGGAGCAUCCGAUCGCGCGUCGAGCGGGUUCGCACGCCCCGCGCGGGCGCGAUGACGAUCUUGGAUGAGAAGCACUUCCUGGACAAGAGCUUGCUCGCGAUCAGCCAGUUCAAGUCGAAGACGAAGGCUGGACGCGCGAUGCCGUUCUUGCAGAUGGCUGAGAAAAUAAUGCGCUCGGGCGCGGUCUCGAAGCCGGCGUGGUUGGACGCGAUGCGAGCUGUCCCGCCGACGAAGCGAUACGCGGGGAACAAACCGUCGAAGAUCGUCUUCCCGGAGGACAGGCUGAUUCGCGCGUAUUACAACCGCCACCCCGCGGCGAGAUUCCAGCCGAUCGAUCUGCAGUCGAAGACGCCGCACUACGUCCGGACCUUCGCGUUGACGCAGCUGGGGUUCAUGAAAAAGAAGAGGGUGUCCGAGGAGGUCGCGCUGGAGAUGACGUACGACCUCGCGGACCAGGAGGAGAUCGCCGCGGAGAAGGCGGCGGCGAAGGGGAAAAAGUUUACGCGGAGGCUCACGCCGUCGCAUAACCUGGAGCGGAAUCACGUGAGCAAGAUUCAAGACGAGGAAGAGGCGGCGUGGGAGGCGUCGAGGAAGGCGCAGGUGGACAAGUUCAUGGCCGAGCAGCAGCUCGCGCGGGAGCGGAAAUUGCUCGAGUACGAUGAGCGCCGCGCGAGUCGAGACAACUCUUAGAGUGGAAAUUAAAACUAAUAUAAUAGAGCGAUCCUACG